AUGAUUCCUAUUUUUAGAUUUGGGGAGGAAGUAGCUUCAUCGGCGGCUGUAGAGUCUAGUUUCAAAAAGUUAAAAACAUUGACAUUCAAAAAUAUAUCAUUGCCGACAAAUCUUGAAAUAUUUUUAGAAAAUCAUAUAAACUCAUUAAAAGGAACAUCACUCAUUCGUACAAAUACUUAUUCAAAUGCAAAUCCAAGUUCACCUGAACGGCCAGAAAUAAACGACAAUUAA